GAUUUUUUUCUUAUCCCAGGUGAACAUUGCUAGCUAUAAAAGAGUGGGUUUCGAGGUGAAUACAAGAUGGGGUUCCUGGGACCAACGAUGUCGCUCGUUGGGUUUGUCAUCAGCGCAUGGGGAACUUUCCAGCUGGCAUUUAUGAGCCUGUUCUUCUAUGUGAGGGCGCUCGCACUCCUCGACGACGUUCCAAUGAAGGAGCAUUACCGCACGAGUAGCUCUUGGGUUACUUAUGGCGUCAAGAGGUCAAGUGUAACAAUAGGCAUUUAUGAGCCUGUUCUUCUAUGUGAGGGCGCUCGCACUCCUCGACGACGUUCCAAUGAAGGAGCAUUACCGCACGAGGCGAGAGUUCUUCUCGGAUCUCGAACUCGGCUUCACUCAGAAUGCUACAAAUUGCGGGAUAGCAGCAUGCUUGUACCUCGUCUCGACAAUUUUCUGCGGUUGGCGAUAUCUCAUGGUUCAACGUGGCGGAACGCAGCAGCUUUGAAAGCCCCAUCAGAGGAUAUGAAACGGGUGGAGGAUGACGAAGACUAG